GAACCUUAACGCCUUUUUGGUAAAGCCCUACCUCCUUCGCGCGCCGCUUGUUUUGUUCUUUCGAGCUCCUCUUCACUUCCAAUCUUACGCCGGCGAGGCUGAAUUGAUUUUAGGCUAAUAGAAAGAAAGCUUAAUGGCGGGACUUAACAACGGGACGAGGCGACUAAGGCCGAACCUACUGAUUACGGGGACUCCUGGUACCGGUAAAUCGACGACGGCUUCUGCUCUGGCCGAAGCCACGAAUUUCCGUCAUAUUUGCGUCGGAGAUCUGAUCAAAGAGAAAAACUUGCACGAAGGCUGGGACGAUGAGUUCCAGUGUCACGUCAUCAACGAAGACCUGGUGUGUGAUGAGCUUGAAGAUGUAAUGGAAGGAGGAGGGAACAUAGUGGACUACCAUGGCUGUGACUUCUUUCCUGAGCGAUGGUUUGAUCGCGUUGUGGUGCUUCAAACUGAGAACUCCUUCUUGUAUGACCGUUUAACUAAGAGGGGUUAUUCGGGAACCAAGCUUAGUAACAACAUGGACUCUGAAAUCUUCCAAGUCCUGCUCGAGGAAGCAAGAGAUAGUUAUAAAGAAGAAAUUGUCACCGCGCUACAGAGUAACACAAUCGAAGAUAUCUCUAACAAUGUUGCAAGUUUGACGGAUUGGAUUACAACAUGGCGGCCAUGAGAAUCAUCAUAUUGGAAUCUGAUGACAAUGCAUCUUUCAAUGGUUAUAUGAUUCAGUGUUUUUAGUAGUUUGUUUUAAAUGGAGUCUGAAUCGAUCUUUUUGUUGCACUUUCUAUACUUAUAUUCUGAAACACAGUUCAGCUGUUGCGAUCAACUUAUGUAUGUUCCUUUUGAUAUUUAUUUAAAAGAAAAAAGUUUGUAUCUU